UGGAUCGCCAACGACAUUACGCUCUGGCAGAGCAUGCGGCCGACGCCCGUCUUCGUCGGCGAGUGGAGCCUUGCGAGUGCUACUGGCAUCACCGGCCACUUGGCCAACAGGACGACGAUGACGAGAUAUGCCAAUCGCGCGCUACAAGCGAUGAACAACGCCAAGGCCGGCUGGACCUACUGGAGCUGGAAGAUCGACUACAUCGAGUCGGGGCAACCGAACGGCUGGAACAUGCAGUACUUGUUGCGGUCCGGCGUUUUCAACCUCACGACAUAUUGA